AUGAACUUUCCGACGACUCACUCGCCGGAGUUUAUCAAAAUUCCGGUGAACCCACGAUCAUCACUAACUUUCAUCCUAACUUUUCUAAUUAUCUCUCCAAAUUCAACACACUCGCAAUCUUCAUUUUCUUCUGCAAUCGAUGAAUCGAGUUCAUCGGAUUCCGUCACCAAAUUCCAGCCGAGUUUAGCCGUCGUCAUCGGAGUUCUCUCCAUCGUCUUUUCAUUAUCGAUUUUAGUCUUAAUCUACGCAAAAUGUUGUCGUAUUUCGUCUUCGAUUCAUCAAGAAAGCUUCGGAAAUCUUCUUCGAACGAGAUCGAGGUUCUCCGGGAUUGAUAAACGGAUCAUCGAGUCGUUACCAUCCUUCAAGUUUUCGAUGCUAAAAGGUUGGAAAAACGGGUUGGAAUGCUCGGUUUGUUUGUCGGCUUUUGAAGACGUCGAAAUUCUUCGGUUGUUACCCAAAUGCAAGCACGCUUUUCAUAUCAAUUGUAUCGACCAAUGGCUCGAAAAACACUCGAGUUGUCCACUUUGUAGGUUUAAAGUUAUCGAGGAAGAUAUCGCCCUUUUCACGUAUUCAAAUUCCUUACGGUUUCACGAACCCGAAUUCGAACCUUCGAGCCUCGAGCUUUUUAUCGAACGAGAAGGGUCUUCAAGAUUCGGACCCAAGAUCGAAUUAACAGAAGAUGAUCAAGAUCAAGAAAUCUUGCACAAAUUUAAUCACCGGAUCAUGAUCGUUGGCGAUCAUGAUCCGAUAAUACUGAAGAACAGAUGGAGCAGUUUGACUUCAUCCGAUCUUCUAUUUUUGAAAUCGGAGAUGAUUACUUGCAUGUCAAGCAACCGGUUUGAUCGUCACCCAUCGCCGGAAAACAAGAGAAACUCCGAUGGUGGUGACGGGGAAGACAUGGAUUCCGGCGGGAGAAGGUCGGUGUCGGAAAUUACAAUUCAUCCAAGAUUUCUUGAAACUCCGGUUAGGGUUGAAGACGAAAGAUUAAGGAGUGUAUGGCUGCCGAUUGCUCGAGAAACAGUUCAACGGUUUGCUCAUAAAGAAAAUAGGAGUGCUCCUAACGGUCAACGGCUAAAGGUUGACCCAAAUUUGGAAGAAUUAUGGAAUGUAUAA